GGCAGCGCUCGUGUUCUCGAAUGGUGUCCGAGGAUGUUGUAGAAUUUCAAAGCAAGGUUUAAGUGGGCAAGUAAAAUUUUGACAUCAUGCUGAACAGAUAUCUGAAGACACUGAAAUAUCUUGGGGGAGGACUAAAAGGAAGGAGACUGUCAUUGAGAAGAUUCUCAGCCACUCAACACAGACUUAAAGAUGAAGAUACUUCAUUAGCACACCCACUACCAAAUUUUCCUGAACUAAAAUAUGCGGUUGCCACCAAUGAAGCUUAUGAUGCCCCCGUUACAGUCCUCGAAAAUGGACUCACAGUGGCGUCACAAAAGAUGUUUGGCCAUUGUUGUACUCUUGGAGUCUUGAUCAAAUCUGGCUGUAGAUUUGAGGUAGCUUAUCCAAGUGGCAUUUCACAUUUUAUUGAAAAACUAGGAUUUUGUUCUACAACAAAGUACCAGAGUAGUGAUGAGAUUUUACAGAUAAUAGAGAGUUAUGGUGGUUUAUGUGAUUGUCAAUCAACACGAGAUGUUUUAAUGUAUGCACUCUCGGUAGAGACAGAAGGAUUUGAGAAGGGGGUAGAUGUUUUAUCAGAAGUUACAUUGAGGCCGGUGAUCACAGACAAACAGAUUGACUUCUGUAAAAUGGCAGUUGAAUUUGAUCUGGAGAAAAUUGAAACCAAUCCACAGCCCGACCUGCUGAUGACGGAGAUGAUUCAUGCCGCAGGUUAUAGGGAUAACACAUUGGGUCUUCCACGACUCUGUCCUCAGGACAAUAUAAACAAAAUAGAUAAAAAGGAUGUGUACACAUAUAUGAGCAAUUUUCACGACCCCUCCAGAAUGGUUCUGUGUGGGGUGGGGGUGGAACAUGACAGACUAGUGGAGCUGGCCAGGGACCUCUUCGUGAAGAAAACACCUAUCUGGAAGGAGGAUCCGUCUCUCGUGGAUCCCAGUAAGUCCGUGGAUCAUUCCGUGGCACAGUACACCGGAGGCAAAGUUCUAAUUGAAAAAGAUUUGUCUAACGUCAGCAUGGGUCCCAAUCCCUUCCCCGAGCUGGCCCACCUAGUGGUGGGGCUAGAGAGCUGCUCCAGCAAUGAUGACGACUUUGUUGCGUUCUGUAUCCUCAGCAUGAUGUUGGGAGGGGGAAAUGCUUUCUCCGCUGGGGGUCCCGGAAAAGGGAUGUAUACCAGGCUCUACACCAAUGUUCUGAACUGGCACCAUUGGAUGUUUGGUUGCGUCGCAGUGAACCAUGUGUAUGACGAUUCUGGAUUAUUCUGCAUAAUGGCCAAUGCUCCUCCCAGCAAGUUGGAUGACUUAGCAACAGUUGUAUUGUCAGAAUUGCUGAGAACUCCGGAACAAAUAACCAAGGAGGAAUUAGAUCGCGCUAAGAAACAGCUCCAGUCGAUGUUGAUGUACAACUUGGAAACUCGCUCGAUGGUAUUUGAGGAUACGGGACGACAGGUGAUUAGUCAGGGCGUCAGGAAACCCGCUGAGUUUUAUCUACAGGAAAUUGAUAAGGUGAAGAAAGAGGACAUAGAGCGAAUUGCCAAGAGAAUGCUUCGCUCCAAACCCUCCCUGGCUGCCUUUGGGACGCUAGACAGAUUGCCUCCAUAUGAAAAAUUUCAGGAGAUUCUGGCCAAAGGAGUUGUCACAAAGAAUAGGAGAAGAUUUUCAUCUUUGUUUAGUUAAGAUUUGAUAAACAAGGUCAUUGUGUGAUCCUUAUCGUAUACGACACUGAAGCAUCAGUAUAUCGUACAAUGCUGGGACAUUUUGAUUAUUGCCAUGGUUCUGUUUCAGUGUCAAAAUAUUGUUAGCUUUGGAAUAACACUAUCAUGCCAUACUACACAUAACACCAUUUAUGAAGAUUUUCUAGUGGACACUGUAAAUAAAAGUUUUUUUUGUUUA